CUGAUGUCGAGAUAAAAGAUCUUUAUAAUUUUGUUCUUUGAACACGCAUACAGUUCCCCCUCGGCAUCGACUUUGUUCCACCAAUAUUUUUACUUACCAGUAAUGGUACUUCGACUGGCAAGUACGUACCAAACAUGUUGUUGGCCGAUAGUCGUUUGUUACAAACAUUUUUUGUGGCCUUGGUGUUAUCUGCCACUAACUGGUCAAAAUACGUGCUCGAUCCUCCUUCAAUCAAAUGGAGCAGCCUCAUUUAAGUCUAAUGUCUCUUCCUCAAAAAAAUUCAAAUAUUGAUAUGACAAAGCUUUCACUUACCUGGUGGUUAGUGGCAAGUGAUUUAAAUUUUCCAAUUGUGUUUUGUAGUAUUAAUUGCUAAACUAUAGAAGCGACAAUACAGGGUUCUGGACAGCUACUUCUAUUUUAGCUUUAGGCCUUUAUGCAGAAUUCAGAUGCUAUAUAAGAUUCAAACAUUGGAGCGGUUUUAGUAUGCAUGCAGCCAUUUACAAUUAGCUAGUGCAAAGUAGAGAUCACAAAAAUGGGUUCUGCCAAAGAGGUUCAGUGCGUCUCCACAACCAUGGUCAGACCAGCGAAUUACACAAGUCAUAAGCGAAUUGACUUGAAUUCAUGGGAUAUAAAACCUCUAGGUUAUCAAUACAUGCAAAAGGGACUUUUCUUCACAAAUUUACAGCAACCACUGCGGAAGCAAGGAGAAGAAACAAACAAUAACGGUGUCAGCGACAUGAUAAGUCAUCUCAAAACCUCAUUGUCAUAUACCCUUGAUCAUUUCUUUCCUUUAGCCGGUCGUCUUGGUAUUGAGAAACAUAAAGAUGAUGACACGAUCUCCGUGUAUAUCAAUUGCAACUUCGAGGGUGCAGAGUUUAUUCAUGCCACUGCGGAGAUAUCCGUGGACGACAUCCUCUCCCCAGCCUAUAUUCCUCAAAGCAUCAUCAAUCCAUUGUUCCCCCUCAAUGGGGUAAUGAAUUACGAGGGUGUAUCGCAGCCAUUGCUUUCGAUUCAAGUCACGGAACUACUCGACGGCAUAUUUAUAGGGUGCAGUGCAAACCAUUCGGUCUGUGAUGGUACUUCGUUCUGGCAAUUCAUUAACACAUGGUCUGAAAUCUGUAGAUCAUCCAAUAAUUAUACUCCAGUUCGUCCAAUUUUUGAGCGCUGGUUUAUGAAUGACACAGAUUGCCCUCUCCGGCUUCCGUCCUCAUUCGCCGAUAAAUUUUUGGCAUCAAAACCCCCCACAAGGGAUCCGAUUAUUCCACCAUUGCAUCGUUACGUGGAGAAAUGUUUUCAUUUCACUAAAAAAAACAUCGCCAAACUGAAAGCGGCUGCCAAUUCCGAGGUAAUGUCAGCAAAAGAAAAUAUGUUACUUUCUUCGCUGCAAGCCGUAUUAGCUCAUGUUUGGAUAGCGGUAACACGCGCGAGAAAGAGCUUGAACGUUAACUUCAACGAAAAUGAAGAGACUAUGUUUGGGUUAAUGAUGAGUAACAGAGCCAAGUUUGAUCCGCCAUUGCCGGAAGCCUACUUCGGCAACUCAUUAACCUUCGGGAUGGUCAUCGCAAAGGACGAUGAGGUGCUCGAGAAGGGGUUUGGUUUCUUAGCUUCGUUAUUGAAGGAGGUGGUCAACUCCCACAGUGAUGAAAAAAUUAAGAGUGCUAUCGGGUCAUGGAUAAAGAAACCUUUUAUCCUAAGUUCUGGUGAAAUUUCAGGAUCGGGUAACAAAAAUUUAGUGGCGAGGAGUUCCCACAGGUUCAAUAUGUAUGGAAAUGAUUUUGGUUGGGGACGCCCUGUUGCGUUAAAAGCCGGUUCAAGCGGAAAAUCUAGUGGAAUGACUAGUGUGAGUCCAGGACCAGUUGAAGGAAGUAUUGACAUUGAAAUUGUCCUUCCAAUUGAGGUUUUUCAGGCCAUGGAAAGUGAUGCUGGAUUCAUGGAAGCCUUCUCAACUUAGCCUCUUUCUUCUCAGUUGAAAACUUAUGAUGUGUUUCUCUAGCUCUAGCUAGUAUUUCCAUUUGUCAGUGCAGUUCUUGUUUUGUACCGUCAUCUCUGGCUCAGAAGUCACAAUAUUUUAAAGCGCGUCUCUCUCUAAUAUAAAAGUAAAAGCCAAUACCCCCAAACUCAGAAAGCAAUAUGAUUCAUGCAUACGAUUCACAUCUCAGUCUCUCUGCUGAGUUGACGAAUCGCGACCUUGUUGUCGCCAUGGAAACAAAAUUAUGCUUCAACAUAUUAAUCUGAGAUGGAGAUUUCGAUGUCUGAUCAGUUGGUUAACUUUCUCUGUGCCCACGACGAUUGUCUUGGACUCUUAGCUCUUAUGAUUGCCAUGGGAUGAAGGUGUGAUUGCACCUUGGGUAGGUGGUGUUUAAACUCCUGUUAUCAGAUGCUGAAGUGGCACGACCGAGACAACAUAUGAAUACAAUGUCCAGAAGUGACGCUCAUUGAGACUGCUAGCUCUUAGAAGAACUCUGCUGUGUAAUUCUAGAAAAUCCAUCCUGCUAACAUUUCCCCUUUGCUGCAUCCUUUUCAUUUUUUGGAGAAGGUAUGCCAUUCCUUAUCAGUUUUCUUUAGUGCUUUGGAUCUACAUUAGGUGUAAUGGAACCAUGCUAGGUACUCAGGUACAUAAGUAUUCCUUGUUAUACUACAUGUAUGCCAUGUAUUCGACACGGCUAACUCUGUCAAAAGUUUCUAGACUUAUGUUUCAAACUUUGAUGAUCAUGUAUUAUAUAGAAGAGAUAGCCAAAAGAUGAACACUUGGGCAUGUAAUAUGUUAGAAAGGUCAACUCAACCUUGGAAUCAUCUUUCUUACGUCUUAUUAGAAGAAUCAGUCAAUUGAAA